UGGCAGCACUGAGGAGUCGUCUGUUUUGCGGGAAAUAAAAACAUUGAAAUGUCAAAACUUGCCGUGACUUUCACAUGUUAAUGAUAUAACAACGUCUGUCAGGUAAUCAACUGAAGGGAUGGCAGGGCCUGUUUUCAAGGUAGACAAUUUGGUUAAUAACCUAAAAGAGCUCCAGCAAGAGAAGAGUUGUUUGGAACAGAAACUUAAUGAACUUCGUGAUAAGCGAAGAAAAUUAGAAAGUUUGGUUGCCACUGUGAAGACGAAACACGCUCAAGUCAGUGAUACAAAUGCCAAGAUGAUGGAGACUCUGAAGGUGGCCCAGCACAAAGUGAUGCAAACACAGACUCAAGCAAACAGCUUAGAAAAUUCUAACACAGAGAAGCGGGCAACAAUAGCCAAUCUGAAUGAGAAAAUUGAAAAUGAAAAACUGUUGCAGUUGGAGCAAGUACAAGAUUUUGAGAAAAAUUUAGGAACCAUAUCAGCAGAUCUGAAUCAAGCGAGGCACUUUUUUACAGAAGAUAACCUGGAAACUGAAAUCAGUGGUGCUAGUGAAAAGAUACGUGAUAUUGACAACAAAGUUAUGGUGAGUACAUCAGAAGUGGAUAACCUCUCAGAAGAGCUACAAAAGCUGAGUCUAAGACAGAGUGGGACAGGAGACACGGAUAUCUAUGGAGUGUCCUUGGAGGAGAGGCGGCAGAUCUGGAAUAUGCUACAGGAAGAGAAUGACUCUAGCCUGAAAUGUCUGGAUAACCUAGGAAACCAGCUGAAGGACUUGACUGAUCAUCUGCAGGAAGAACAAUGUGAAGAACUAGAUGACCAGUCAGCUGGCAACAAUGUCUGACUGUUGCAUUUUUAUUAGAAUUAAUCAUGAUUUCUGGGAGGUGCUCUUUUUUUCCUAAUGUUAACCACAUGCAUAUGAUAAUUAAGGUUUGGGGUUUAAAACUCUUAUUGACUGUGUUAAAUUAUUUAAGGUAAAAAUGUGUGUGAAUUUGUUUGUAUUCAUUACAUAUGUAUACAUUUAAUAUAUUUUGCCACUGAAACAUUAAAUUGUUGAAUUUACAUAUUUAUAUUUUGAUUUAUGACACUUGAUCAACAUAUUUGAAGUCCCAGUCAUGACAUUACAGACCUUUAGUUAAAAGUUCAACCUGUAACUUCAAAGUAGGAUAGGUUAACUAAUUCAAAUUUGAAGUUAGAAGUUAAAGGUCUCUAAUGUAGAGAGUAACUGUCAAUUCACAUAGGAACUGUUAUUUUGUUACUUGUUAUAUUUUCUGUUUAUCGUUAAAGCCAGCUGUACACUACUCUGAAAAGAACUGGUUGUUGUUUUUUUAUGAUCUUGGAACAGUUUGUGACAUCUGACCUUGGAACAGUUUGUGACAGUAAAUGACAAACCUGGGUGAAAGCGGCAGCAUAACUACCAACAGCUGGAUAUGAGCCUGUGACUAGAUCGGUCAGACUAGCUGUGGU